AUGUCGAACCCUCUAGACACAGACGCGGGCUCGGAGAUGUUCGCCAGCUACGAGAACGAGCUGAAGCUCGUCCAAGCGGACCUGAACCAGAAGCUCGACCAGAUCGCCGAAGCAAGCGGCGAGCAGCGCAAGUCCGCAAUCCGGCAAGCAGAACUGGUUCUCGACGAGGCAACAGAGUUGCUUGACCAAAUGCGCAUGGAAAAGCAAAACAUUCCCUCCGCCUCCCGCUCUAAAGUGAACAUGCGCUUCCGGAACUACUCGACGGAUGUCGACGAGACCAAGCGCAAGCUGAAGUCCCUCUCCGACGACCGCAAAGCACUCUUCGGUGACCGGUACACCGACGAACCGCAAGACGAACACCUCGAGCAGCGCCAGCAGUUGUUGUCUGGCACUGAGCGCUUGGAGCGCAGCUCGGCCCGGCUACAGGGGGCGCAGAGGACGGCGCUAGAGACGGAAGAUGUGGGACGGAACGUGCUGGCCGAUCUGUACGGGCAGCGCCAGACGAUUCAGCACACGCGAGAUAAUCUGCAGCAGAGUGAAGGAUAUGUUGAUACGAGUAUCAAGACUCUGAGGGGCAUGGCCCGUAGGAUGGCUACGAAUCGGAUAAUCACGAUCGCUAUCAUUACGGUCCUUGUUCUUCUGAUAGUUGCCGUGAUUUACAGCAAGUUCCAUUAG